GGGCGCCUGAGCCGAGCCGCAGCGCCCACCUGCAGUUGCCGGGUCCGGGUGGUGGGCGCGCUGCGCUGCCCCAGGGGCCGGCAGGUGGGAGGACCAGCCCACGAGCGGGGACCGGGGCCAGGAAACAGUGUACCUUGAAGAGGAGUUGGAGGGAAAGUCAAUUCUUAGUAUAGCAGAGAGAUGGAGAGCAACAAACCAGAUGUGAGCAACAAACCAGAUGUCACGGUGUCUCUGAUCUUUGCCAUCUCCAUUGCUACAAUAGGCUCUUUCCAGUUUGGCUAUAAUACCGGAGUCAUCAAUGCUCCUGAAAUGAUAAUAAAGGACUUUCUCAAUUACACCUUGGAAGAGAAAUCGGAAAACCUUCCCACUGAAGUGUUACUCACUUCCCUCUGGUCCUUGUCUGUGGCCAUCUUCUCUGUUGGUGGUAUGAUUGGCUCCUUCUCUGUUGGACUCUUUGUCAACCGCUUUGGCAGGCGCAAUUCAAUGCUUAUGGUCAACCUCUUGGCUGUUGCUGGUGGCUGCCUUAUGGGGUUCUGCAAAAUAGCGCAGUCGGUUGAAAUGCUGAUCCUGGGCCGAUUGAUUAUUGGCCUCUUCUGCGGCCUCUGCACAGGUUUUGUGCCCAUGUACAUUGGAGAGAUCUCUCCCACUGCCCUACGGGGGGCCUUCGGCACUCUUAACCAGCUGGGCAUCGUCAUCGGGAUCCUGGUAGCUCAGAUCUUCGGUCUGAAAGUCAUCAUGGGAACUGAAGAGCUUUGGCCCCUGCUCUUGGGCUUCACCAUCAUUCCAGCUGUCCUGCAAAGCGCCGCCCUUCCAUUUUGCCCCGAGAGCCCUAGAUUUUUGCUCAUUAACAGAAAGGAAGAGGAGAAUGCUAAGGAGAUCCUCCAACGAUUGUGGGGCACCCAGGAUGUGAGUCAGGACAUCCAGGAGAUGAAAGAUGAGAGUGCUAGGAUGGCACAAGAAAAGCAAGUCACUGUGCUGGAGCUCUUCAGAUCGCGCAGCUACCGGCAACCCAUUAUCAUUUCCAUCAUGCUCCAACUCUCCCAGCAGCUCUCUGGAAUCAAUGCUGUGUUCUAUUACUCAACAGGAAUCUUCAAAGAUGCAGGUGUUGAGGAGCCAAUCUAUGCCACCAUUGGUGCAGGGGUGGUCAAUACUAUCUUCACUGUUGUCUCUCUGUUUCUGGUGGAAAGGGCAGGGAGGAGAACUCUACAUAUGAUUGGCCUUGGAGGGAUGGCUGUUUGUUCCAUCCUUAUGACCAUCUCGUUGUUAUUAAAGGAUAACUAUAAUUGGAUGAGCUUUGUUUGUAUUGGGGCUAUCUUGGUCUUCGUAGCCUUCUUUGAAAUUGGCCCAGGCCCCAUCCCCUGGUUUAUUGUGGCCGAACUCUUCAGCCAGGGACCCCGCCCAGCUGCAAUGGCAGUGGCUGGUUGUUCCAACUGGACCUCCAAUUUUCUGGUUGGGCUGCUCUUUCCUUCUGCUGCAUUCUACUUAGGAGCCUAUGUAUUUAUCAUUUUCACUGGCUUCCUCAUCGUCUUCUUGGUCUUCACCUUCUUCAAAGUCCCUGAGACCCGUGGCAGGACUUUUGAGGAAAUCACCCGAGCCUUCGAAGGGCAGGGGCAGGAUGCCAACAGAGCGGAGAAGGGCCCCAUUGUGGAGAUGAACAGCAUGCAGCCGGUGAAGGAGACCGAGACCGCCACUGUCUAAGCCAUGCCUCCUUCCCGCCUCCCUCCCAACAUGGAAAAACCACCUCUCCCGGAUGAGGGAGAAAUCGAAUCAGGUUGUAACCCAGGACUGUUUCUGAAUGCUGCUACUUGAUUCCUUUCUCUUCCCCACACACUCCAUGAGCACUCAGAAGAACCCAAUGCUGGAGUUAGUUGUAUCUUCAAUGGUUUUGAAACGUUUCAUUUCUUGGACAUUCUCUUCUGUUUAGAAGAGACCAAGUGAACCUACCUUCAUUUCAGGAGGAACUGGCCACUUGCCAUAUGACAACAUUGUCAGCUCUUCCUACCUGGGGUUCUGGUAGGUCCUCACCAGGGCCAAUAGGGGAAUAAGAGUGAGGUGCAGCCCCGCCCCCCCCCCCCCCCCACACACACACACCAGACCUCCCAGGAAGCAUAUCUACAUAAGUGUGGAGGGCUGAGAGGGAUUAAAUAGAAGCACCCUCCUCGCUUCCAUACAGCUCUGCAGAGCAAAUUAACUUGAGUUUUAUUUAUUUUAUCUUCUGGUUUUAUUGCAUAAAUAUUUAUUUUUUUAAGUGUAAAGUAAUUUUACCAAAUAAUGCAAACAUAAGGAAAUUGAGGUUAGAGUUAGAGGGAGGUGCUUAAAGAGAGGUUUAUAGGGUAGAAGAUUUGAUACGGGAGAGGUCAAGGUGCAAUAAGGAGGGGAGAUUCAGGGAGAAACAGAAUGUGUUCUCAGACGGUGUGUGAAGUUUGCACGUUGCCUCUUAACCUUUCAGGUGGAAACUCUCAAGUUUAAUUUCUCAGAAAAGUCAUGUGCCUGUAUUAAGCUACUGCUUACCUUUGGAAUUUUUUUCUUUGUUUAAAAUUACAUGUAAUAUUACUUGAAAUCUAGGGGUAUUAUUAAGAUGGGCAUUAUAGUUCACAGUGGUUGAUGGGUUCUAAUUUUGGUUGGAGUCCAGAGAAGGAAGGGAAGGUUAUUUCUAGAAAUCCUUUCUCCUUGCACUGGACCAAAUGACUUCCUACCCUUGUAGUGGACUCAUUUUUUUGUGGGGGUUUGUUUUGUUUGUUUUAAAAAUAUUCCUAACACCCGCGUAGUAGGAGAACCUUCUAAAUGAGCAACCCAAAUAAUGGUUCUUGAUAGAGGUUCAGUAUUUUCUCCAUUUUGUUAUUUAGGAGAUUUUAGUUAUUGAUUGUUGUUUUGUUUUAAGCCAUAGCUUUAAAAGAAUUCAGAGGAGAAUGUUCAUAACUAACUUGGAAUUUGUAACCUCAGCUCUGGGAGAGGAUUUUUCCUGAACGACUAUUAUCUAAUGGAAGUAUGUUGUUGCUUUAGGGUCAUGGCAUGCUUGUUCUUCUGUUACCAUAUUUCCAUAGUAUUACGUACAAGUGCCCUUAGGGGCCCAUACAUUUGGGAUGGUAUGAGUAAAUGUGCAGUGUAGCCCACACUUGAGAGUAUGAAUGUAUACGCACUGUCACUUUGCUCUGGGUGGAAGUUGUUUAUUGGUAACUUGUGUCCCCUAUGCUCUAUAGCCCCCUUUUGAAUAGAAUAUGUUAAAACUCAUCUCUAUGUAUAUAAAUAACACUGCCUCUGCUGGGUGGAAUUUGCAUCUAUGGUUUUCUUCCAAAUUGUAGAGUUCAGUCUCCCCUUUCCUUGUUGGAGAGUUGGGAGAGAACUCCUUAAAUCUUGACAUUGAGGGUGGAGGAUUCACCUCCCUCUAGACCCAGAUGGUGGGAAUAGCAAAGAAAAGUGUGAGAUCAGAACAUUGUGGCCUCUUGGAAGAGAGUCGUGGAGAAGGGGCCUUUCUUUUAAGGGGAUAAGAAACAAACUGAAGACUUCUAACUAUGGAGCAUUUUAAGAGUCCAAUGAGUUGGAAGGAUGGAUGCUUGCCCCAGGUCAUGGACACCUCCACAAAUCAUCUAGUUUCCCAGUAUUUUUAUAAAUGGAGAUUGGGCCCCAUGACACUUUACUUGGUCUUCCUUCUUACAUAGGUUUUUUGAUUACCCUUUCUCUCCUUGGUGCUUAUAUACUUAAGACCCUUUAGCCAAACCCUUGCCAAUGACAGUAUUUCAGUCACUAGUUCUCACUGUUUCCUCUGAUCAUUGAGCCUUUGGAAAAAAAAUCUCACAGAGCUUAUAUGUAAUGGGGACUUGGUUGAACAGAUGACUUCCUGUAACUGCACCUCUACUUUUGGCUUCUCAAAAACAGUGGGUUGGCAGUAAUGCAGCGUGGAAGUUUUCCCAUUUCUCAGUGACCAGAUUGUGAAUAUUUCCAAAUGGAUUUUCUAUUAUUAAUGUUACUGUGGUUUGUUUCGAAAUAAAAAUUCUGAAUGUACAUGUGA